GCAGGCAAAGAGGAAUAAAAAAAAAGCGCUCUAAAAUGGAAACAAGUGCAUCUUGUGAAGAACCAAUGAAAGAAGAGGUAGCUGAUUCCUCAAAACAAGGGAUGCAAAUCAGUUCUCUGCUAGAUACUUCUUUGAGUGAUGCAAAUACCUUGUCUUUAUCUGGAGUUCCAGUUGAAAUGGAGACAAGUGCUUCCAAAAAUAAUGAUUUGGAGAAUGUACUUAUGCGUGACCAGCCAGUUAAAAAGAAAGUAAAGAAGCGUAAAAGAAAGAGACCUGAUACAUCUUGUGAAGAAACCAUGGAGGUAGAGGUAACUGAUGCCUCAAAAUUGGGGACUCCUAUCUGUUCUGUGGUAGAGACUUCUAUUAGCAAUCCAAAUUUUGUGUCUGUAUCUGGUGUUCCAGUUGAUUUGAAGUUGAGCACUUCUAAUAAUAAUGAUUUGGAGAAUGUGCUCAUGGAUGGCCAUUCAUUAAAAAAGAAGGCGAAGAAGAAUAAAAAAAAGCGCUCUAAAUCUGCAACUAUUGAAGAACCCUUGGAAGGAGAUGUAGCUGAUUCCUCUAAACAAGUGAUGCCAAUCAAUUCUUUGGUAGAGACUUCUUUGAGUAUCCCAAAUAUCGUGUCUGUAACUGGUGUUCCAGUCGAUAAGAUUAAUGCUUCAAAAAAUAACCAUUUAGAAAAUGUGCCUGUGUGUGACAAUCCUGUGAAACAGCAAGCUUUGCCAUCGUCAUUAAAAGGAGUAGCGCCUAUUUGUAGAAGAAAGCUUCUUGUCCUUGAUGUGAAUGGGAUACUGGUUGACAUAGUUGUGGGUUAUAGUCAUCGAUAUAAGCCGGAUACAAGGGUGGCAACAAAAGCAGUUUUCAAACGUCCUUUCUGCGAUGAAUUUCUGCAGUUCUGCUUUGAAAGAUUUGAUGUGGGCAUUUGGUCAUCAAGAACCAGGCAGAACUUGAAGAAGGUGGUAGACUUUCUCUUGGAGGAUUCCAAGGAUAGGUUACGUUUCUGUUGGGACCAAUCCCAUUGUACUGCUACAGAAUACAAAACCCUUGAAAACAGUGAUAAGCCCCUUGUUCUAAAGGAACUUAAGUACCUGUGGUGGGACACCAAGGGGUCACACCUUCCUUGGAAUGCUGGAUAUUAUAAUGAAACAAAUACAGUAUUGUUGGAUGAUUCACCAUACAAGGCUUUACGGAAUCCUCCCAAUACAGCCAUAUUUCCGCGUCCAUACAGUUACAAGAAUGCUGGUGAUUAUUCACUAGGGCCUGGUGGUGAUCUUCGUAAAUAUCUUGAAAGACUGGCAGAGGCUGAGAAUGUCCAGAAAUUCAUCCAGGAAAAUCCAUUUGGUCAAAGGCCCAUCUCCAUUGCAAGCAGGUCUUGGAACUUUUAUUCUAAAAUUGUUGGUAAUUAUGGAAGGCAAGAAGAAAAUUCAAAUAUUGCCCCUGGCUCAUAGCACCAUCUUGGUAGUAACAUUCUGCUAAAAGCUGGUUGAAUUUUUGUAAGAUAUUUGGCGCCUUCAGGGGCUGACAGACUUUAGUUUGUCAUUUAUUUGUUGCUGCCAGUUUGUUGAACAUGUACCCUUAGUCCUUAGAGGCCUCACUCACAUCUGAGCAGUGCUAUUACUGCCUAUUCUCGAUGGUGGCCCUCAUUUUUGUACUUUAGGUUUUAUAGUCGUAUUAUUUUGUGACAGAAAUGUACAAGUAAAUCAUAGAUCAUAGGCUUUUAAUUUAUUCUUUUAACUGGAUCGUGAUAAAAAGCUGUAAUUCAUUGUCAAAACGUAUAAUAUGCUGCUAAGCCUCUUAUUAAGAGAGCUGCCACGGAGUUGAACCGAACCUGUAAUUUCAAUGCGGCUGAUUUUUUUUU